CAGACAGCGGUGGAGGUGUUCAGGAGGAUGAUCCUGGAGGUGGAGAAGAUGGAGGCGGGUCAGCCGCAGGGUCGGACACCCUGCUCUAUGAUGUAGCUUCCAAAAACUCUGUGCUACUCCCCAACAACCCCAACAACCCCAUCACCGUCCACUGCAGGGACUGACAGCUGACAGCAGGCAGGAGAGACCAACUCUGAAGUCCACUUACUGUUAGCCCCCAUGUUAGUCCUGACAUGUUGUGUUUACUCUUACUGGAGGUGAGGUUAAACCAAACUCUGUUCAAAAAUCUGCACAUUUAAUGAUGACCAGCCUAUCGAAAGCUUUUAACACAUGACUCUGGGGGUUUUCUGUCCAUGAGCCCAAAGAAGCACAGCCAAAACCUCAUGGGAGAUGUAGUAGUUAAGUGCCAACAGAAUAAGCACUGUUUUAUCUUUGAUAAAAUUGCAAGAUGGGCAGAAAACCUGAGGAGCAUGUUUGAGCUUUUCAGAGAGAAUCCAUGAGACAAAAAUCUCCUGCGAGCUCAGUGCUGAUGUUUUCAAACUGAACUGUGAACUGUAGAUUUUCAAAACAUCAUCAGAGACCUCGGAGGAAAUUUACAGGUGUGUGGGCUCUGUUGGGAACUUAGUAGUGCAUUUAAACUUUUAAAACUUCUUGCUCCAUGAAAAUAAACUAGAGGUCGGUAGUGAGUAGUUCUGAAAGUUGAUUUUAUUGAAAUAAAUGCAUUUUUUGUGAAUUACUGUUGAGCUGAAUUUACCGUAAGAGCCUGAAGGUUUGUAAAAGGUGUCGUCUUUCACAAA